AUUAUCCAGUAUUCCGAGAAUCUAUGGCAGAUGCUACACAGUCUAGCAAAGAGAGGGUACGCAAGUUUGUGAUAUUCUUCACAUUUUUCCUCAUCAUCUUCACUGCUGCCGUCCAAGUAUUUCUAGUCCAGAGAGAGAUAGGUUACAUCGGGCUGUUUCUUCCUCCAACAUUGGUUUUUGUGUCGAUGACAGUGAUUAACUAUUGGAAAUGUGUUAAGGUUGACAGCUCUGCAAAAUCUGCUGGGAAAGCCCCCAGCAUUCAAACAGAUGGCUGGAGAUAUUGCCCUUACAGUGGUUGUUCUGGUAGUGUGCCUAUCAAUUCGAGGCAUUGCCAUCAAUGUGAUAUUUGUAUUAUACAAAGAGAUCACCACUGCCACUUUGUGGCCAAAUGUAUUGGCCAAAACAGUCUCCCUUUCUUCAUGGUUCUUAUUACAUCAAUGUUUGGACUGACCUUGACCUACUGUAGCGCUAAUCUGAUCUACAUCACUACACAUGAGACUCCUGGAACUCUGCUCCUGACUGUGGUUGCUCCUAUUCAGGUGCUAUGGUACUUUCUUGGAUAUGUAUCCUUGUCUCAUUGCCUAAUAUCUCUCAAUAUAGUGAUAUCCUUUACUGCCUUUAUUGGUUCAAUCAUACUGAACUACCAUGAGUAUAACUUGCUAUUCCACAACAAACCAUACCUGACCAAAUCUAUGCCCAUCGCUAGCAGUGGUGUUCUAAAGAUGUCGAAAUUGGAUAGAAUUAGAGAGGUAUUUGGAAAGAAAUGGUACAAGUUCUAUGUAGAUCCAACCCAUCAGUCAACUGUGCAAAAACAGUAUGGAGUGACUAAAGUUAUGUAAAGAAUAAAAAAGUCUACAGUAGUUUGACUUAGAUGAGCAGAUAAAUCAAGAUUGUAGACAAUCAUGGCUCAUGCCUUAAAUAAGGCCAAAAAUGAACAAAUGUUUAGGGCAUCAUUGUCAUAUUGUGAUCUUAGCAACCCGACUGCCAAUCUUUCAACCGCAACCAUUAGCUAUAUAUCAAAGAUAUGUUGCAACAAAAUAUAAUUAUUUUAAGUAUACAAUUGAUUAUCAGACUUUUGUUUUGAUUAUUUAAAUAAUUUGUAUAAUAUUUGAUCAUGCUUUAUAUUCAGUGGUUUGACCUUGAAAAAGGUUAAAAUUUACCAAAACAAAUUGUAAUGUUUUUCGUCAUUAUAUUUUUAUAACGUGGUGACACAUGAAUAUUGAAUAUUUGUUUUGUUGUAUUGGUAGUUUCUCUUUCUUUUGAAGUUUCUAUAAUGUAUC